AUGACACAACGUCGGAAUCCGCACAUAUUGCCCAGGAGAAGUUAUAAUCACAAGCCGCCGGCGGGAAAUUCAAAUAAUAACAAUUCGAUGCAGCCCAAUUUUCAAAUUGCCGCCGCUCCGCCGAAACCAAAAAAUCAGAAAAAGCGUCAGCAACGAGUGCCAGAUGAGAUUCGAAAACUUCAGGCGUCGACACAGCUGAUUUUUCCAAAAUCCAGAUUUCGAAAAAUCGUCAAAGAGCUUCUUCAGGACUAUUUGACACCGUUGCAAGUGGCCGAUGAGGCUGUUGACGCGCUUCAGUUCGCCGCUGAAGGAUACCUUGUGAAGCUGUUCAAACAAACCAACAAAUUGACGAUCCGUUCUGGUCGAAAAACCAUCAAGAAGGAAGACUUGCAGCUGGUUUUGGACUUGCUCGGAGGAGAAAAUGACUAG